UUUCGAAAACUGAAUAUUUUCUUAUAAAAAAAUGAGUACUGAAUGUGAAGUGAUUAUAUCGGAUUUUGAAAAAGUAUGUCGUAUUUGUAUGAAAUUUGACGAAACUUUUUUGUCAAUCACAUCGUUUCAAAUAAUACAAAUGAUUUCAUCGUGUGCUUCAGUACAGAUUUGGGAAAAUGAUGAAUUACCAAAUCAAAUAUGUAAUGCAUGUUUUUUACAAUUACAAAAUGUCACAAAUUUCAAGCAACUUUGUGAAAAAUCCGACACUGUUUUCCGCCAAAUUAUCGAACAGAAUAAAAUCAAAACUGAGAAUAAAUUGGAAAAUUUGGAGAUUGAAAUAAACCCUGAUGACUCUGAAAUAGUACCAAACAAUUUUCUCAAUGUAAAACUCGAACAUAGUUCUGAUGUAUCUGAUGCAGAAUGGAAAGAAAAUGAUUUAUCGAAUGAUCCAGAAGAUUUUGUUAAAAAUGAAGACGAAGAUGUUAAAAAUGAAGAAGUUGAAAUACAGAAAAAAGUAUAUGAAUGUGAAAAAUGCCAUCAAGAAUUUAAGAAAGUUUUUAAUCUAGGACAACAUAUGCAUCGACGACAUAAAGCUAAAGGAAUUAAAUGUGACAAGUGUUCGUUAAUAUGUUACCAUCCGUUACAUUUGAGUAGUCACCAAAAAACACACAAUCGUAUAGAAAAUGAAAAAAUUGCCGCUUCGGAUAACUAUUGGUGUAAUGUUUGUGAGAAAAUAUUUUCAAAUAUACAUAAAUUAAAACGCCAUCAAUUAACUCAUGGUGAACGAAAAUAUUCUUGUGAUAAGUGUGAUCGAUCUUUCAAAGAUAAAUCAGCUUUAAAAAAGCAUGAUAAAACAGUUCAUAUCACUGUGGAGUAUGAAGCAUGCCACGUUUGUGGUAAAUCGAUUAAGAAAACAUUUUAUACCAAACAUUUACGAAUUCAUGGUGAACGCGUUAAGUUUUCAUGUGAGAUAUGUUCAAAAGACUUUUUUAAAAAAUGGGAUUUAGAAGCUCAUGUUAAGCACGUGCAUGAGAACAUAGCUCAGGAACGAAAUCAUUUAUGUAACAUUUGUGGUAUGGGUUUUCAACGUAUGAGUCAUUUACGUAAUCACUUUUUAGGUCAUACAAAAGAAAAACCAUAUGCUUGUGAUAAAUGCGAUAAAAAAUUUGGACGAAAAUAUUCUUUAAUGACACAUAUAUCACGCCGACAUUUAAAUGAACGUAAGCAUGUUUGUACAUAUUGUUCACAAGCGUUUUUCAAUAAAGACAUUUUAACCCGACAUGUACGACGUCAUACUGGUGAAAAACCGUAUAAAUGUCAUGUAUGUGAAAAAGCAUUUAUUCAAAAAAUUGCACUUGAUUUGCACAUGAAAGUACAUACAAAUGCAACAUAAAUGAUUUUAGUAAUCAAUAAUUGAUAUUUAAAUCCCUUUUAUGCCAGCGGUGGGUAACACCUCGUCUCUCGAAAAGUUUCUAUGUAGUCCGCAAAGCCUUUAAGACAUAUGCGGACUGUAAUAUGUAGAAUAACAUGGCUCCAAGGCUAUAUUGAAAUGAUGUUAUGAAUUUGAUUUGAUGUAAAUUCCAAAAAGUAAUAAAAUUGAUUAUGCAUUUGUUUUCUAGUUAA